AUGAAAGACCAUCCAUCAAUCGAGCUCAUUGGUUCUGGAGGCUUUGGAAGUGUAUUUCUAUUGAAACAAUAUAAUCCACCGAUGGUGAUGAAAGAAAACGAUCAUUGCCCAAACUCUUUCGAUCAACAACAAGAGCUCAAAAUACUAAAGGACUUAAUGCAUGAAAAUAUUGUAAAGUACCUAGACCAACCGAUUGAUUUUGAAUGGAAAAAGAAUGGGAAUCUGAUAUUUAUGGAAUAUUGUGAGAAAGGGGCGUUGAAGCAUGUAAUCACAAACGUGCAAAUCAACUAUUCUAUCGCUACAAUUAUUGCAUGGGGUCGAGAUAUUUUCAAAGCUUUGAAUUUCUACAAAAGUGACGUCUACGGCGCUGGUUUGGUUCUCUGGGAAGUUAUCGAAAGAAAACAUUUCUCAACAGAAGUGAAAACGAUUUGUUUUUCUCCAUCAGAUUGCUUGAAAGUCGAAAAACUUCAGAACUUGAUCAUUUGGUGUUCUUGCUCCAAAAUCGACGUUGAAAAACGAGCAACUGCUGUACAAGCUCUUGAGAAAAUAGCUUAUUUGGAAAAAUGUUGGACGGUUCUA